AUUCAGUGCGGACUCUACUCGGCGACAUGAACAGAAACAUAUACCAAAUGGAAGUAUAAGAGAGGUCUGGGUUGAAUGUUCAACAGACAACAAGGACCUUAGUCCUGUGUCCACAUUGAUCGAACAACACGGUAGUCAUCACCAAACGCUGGCCGUUCCGUCUCAAGGGUGUCCCCCUUCCUAGGCCUCAUCAAACUGCUUUGCCGAACCCAAGUUGGCAGGUACAGGAAAUCAAGACAGUAACAGGGGAGAAACAAUCAAACGAUGCCCAAGGCAGUGAAAGGAGCGUUGCUACAAUGUGACCCUCCACAAAUGGCCAUGGUACGAAAGAUCGAUCGCGAAGCAGGCAAUGCCUAUAUCAUCGAGGAGAUUGACGACCAGACAUGUCUAGUCAAGGAAAACAAGGUAGACGAAAUCAAGGCAAAAGUCAAGGAAUUGAUGGACACGGCCAUGGGAAUGGAUGAGGACGAGAACGACGACAAGGACAGUGACCUGGAUUGAUCGGAACCCCAGAAGGGCGUACAACGUGGCAUGUGGAUUCGAAACUAGAAAAUCAUCCCCUUUAAAAUGGGGGCUAGUCCAUGCCGCCAACUUUGUUAAAACCGAAGCGAAGAGAAAAGAGAGUGAGACGGAACAUGUCCUGUACAUCCAAGCGCACGUGGACAUGACCCAUUGAUGCUCGCCUCAAAUAGCGCGGAAUAUCCCGGUCAGGAUGUUUCGAUUUGGGACGAUGAGAAGACGGGAAAAGCGUUUAAGGAGAGACCGGUGGCUCUACCUGAUCAGUUUCCAAGUACUGACACGUAUGGCAUCAGACUUGGUCCAGUGGCAGGUACACUACAUAGGCUAUGAAACAGG